CUCGUUUGUUUGACUGAAUGUCCUCAUUCAGAAGCGUCAGUGAUGUGAUCCGUUCACACGUUCACACACUCCCUGAACGAGACUGAGCAUGUCAAGCGACUGCGUUCGUUCUGCUGACAGCGGCAUAAAUUUCCUACAUGGAAUGGACCCAUCAUGCAUGUACACGUAAGAUGUGGACCUAUGCUCUGUCUGCCACUCGCGCAUUAUCGAUCAAAAUGGGCCACAAAAGGACGCUUAGAUGAAUAAAAACCAUGAUAAAACCACCAACUACCAACGGCCAUGUAAAGAGCAGAGCCAAAGAAAGGGUGCGUGCCCACAUGCACUCGUCCCACGCACUCCUCUCACCUGCAGACACGUGUCGAUUACACGUGUACGUCUGAGUUUCGAUAAAAACCGUCAGAAAACACAACGCAACACACCAUACACACGCGCCCUCAAUCCACAGCAUAGGCAUAACAAUGAAUUUGAUCGUCCCGUCCCCGUACGCCUGUCCCAUCGCCUCGGCUGACAUUCCCUCACAUGGGCCGCCGCGGCCUUGACAGAGCUACUUGUCGUCAUCCUCGUUGGCUGCGGUGCCGUCCAUCGCCGCCACGGCAUCGUAAACUGCCUCGGCUGACAUCGACAGGGCCGCGCUGUCCUUGUGAUCGCUGCUGAGCCGAUGCCAAUCGACCCACACGAGCUGAGAGGGGGGCGUGAGGGCCUCCUGGUAAUCGCUCUGCUGCGACCGGGUUGAGCUGGCGGGGGACGACAUGCCGCUCAUCGGCACGUCCUCUGUGGCGGCUGGCGUAUCCAUCACCAUUGGCACGAGGCUCGCAAGGACCUCCGGGAUGGCCCCCUGCAUUCAACGCAACAGAGGUGGGCACAUGAUCUGCUCAUCGACAGAAAAAAGAUGGACAUCGGUAGCUCUCGUCCGCUGACCGGCGGGCUGCCCGCUUUGAUGAGUGAUUGUUUGGCCUUCUUGAAUGCCUCGUAGAGGGCCUUCCAGCCGCCAGCGUGAUGCUGCUGCGACACCUCAGUGUCGGCCUUCUCCAGGUCAGUGCCGUCGGCCUUUUGCAGUGCCGCCUGGUGCAGCUGUUCUCUCGUGACGAGCUCGUCCACCACAUAGGCGAGAUUGGCCUGGAGGUCAUGCAGAGCUAUGCCCGGCGACACCACUGAAUACUGACAACUGACAGAGAACGAACCACAGGAAGAGAGAGAGAGAGAGCACCGAAGGGUCAGAUUGGCCGCUCCACACAAUGGCCGCCAUUUACCUGUCUGUCGGCUGUACGUCACUGUCCGCCGUCCACUCAGCAACACUACCGUCACGAGACGCCUUGCUGUCCUUCAGCCGACUCGACACUGCAAUCAUCACACGACAGCACACGGCGAAUCGGUGUGGUGUGUAGUCAUGUGUCAAGCAGCAAGAUGACCGGCAUGUCUCAGAGAGCGUUGGUUUGCGAAUGCGUGGGAGAGGUCGCUCGUCCCCAUGUGCCGCAAACCCUGCCAACACACACACGUGUCUGCCCAUCACAGCCGCCACAGGAGUGCCUCACCGUGGCGCUGGUCUCGUCGGGUCUCGGCAGGUGGACGACCACCUGCCCUCGUCGUCGGCUGCGCAUCUCCACUGUCUUCUGACGCAAACUCUGCACCAGGAAGGCGUGGCUCCACAGAAACUCAUGGCUGAACGACGACACACAAAAGAGGCGCACAGGCGAGCUGUGCUAGGGAGUCGUGGGCUUACAAGUCGCUGGGCACGUGUGUGAGUUUGAGGGUCUCGAUGACGUCCUGCAU